UCAAAAGUCUUCUAAUCCAUCAAACCUCAAAGAACCGUCUUCCAGACCAACUUCUCAAUCAAAAUGCAAUUCUCCGCCAUCGUCCUCAGUGCCGUCGCUCUCUUCGGCUCUAUGACCUUUGCCGCUCCCGCUCCUGCUCCUGACGCAGAGCUCAUGGCUCGCUCUUCGUGCCAGCUUGGUGGUAUCUUUGGUGCCGGUGAUGCUGCCUGCAGCGCUUCUUGCAUCAGGGCUGGAACCUACCACGGCGGUUACUGCAACGACAAGCAGGUCUGCAUCUGCACCCACUAGAUUGAUGCAUGCCUGAGUGCGAAAAAUAUGGCCAUGGAUAGGGCUCGCAACUGAAUAUGGUGGAAUCAUGGUGGCUAAGGGUCAGAAGUGGUGUUUUUAGUUUCUACCUCUAUCAUUCGUUUGCAAUAAACUUCACUUUGUUUCGCUAUCA